GUCUAAAGAGCUUCCUUUCUUUCUUUUAAUAGGAAUAAAUUGAACUAAUUUUAAGAUAGAGGGGAGUCCAACUGUAUGGAAUAUAGACUUAUCUUUUUUCACUCUCUCACAUACAGAAUGAAAAAGGACAGCAUGAUACAGCAGCUGAGGUGGUGGAUUAAGAAAAUGGGGCGGGGGGAGCCUUGCUCCACCCGCGCCCCGCCCCCGGCCUGCCUCCCGAGGACUCAGAGUCCUGGAAGGUUUUGCAGAGCUCCGGGCAGAGCUCUCGGCAGGGCGGGCGAAUCGCUCGCUGCCCGCAGGGAGUCGGGAAUGCCAGGGCCCAGCUGAGCAGCGCCGCCCACCGGAGUGCCAGUGGAUCAUUGGAAAUCGAAUCCAAGGAAGUGACUUGAACCCGGGAGCUGGGGGCACCAGAGUCCACCUACGGGGCAUGGAUGCGCCGGCUGACCUCGAGGGCCCACGCGCACCAGGAGGUGAUGACCCUGCAGGAAGUGCAGGAGAGACUCCCAGGUGGCUUUCCAGAGAACAGGUUUUUGUACUGAUAGCGGCAGCUUCGGUGAACUUAGGUUCCAUGAUGUGCGAGUCUAUACUUGGACCCUUUUUCCCCAAGGAGGCUGAGAAGAAGGGAGUCAGCAAUACGAUUAUCGGGAUGAUCUUUGGAUGUUUUGCUUUGUCCGAGUUGCUGGCAUCCUUGGUAUUUGGAAACUAUCUUGUACAAAUUGGAGCAAAAUUUAUGUUUGUAGCUGGAAUGUUUGUCUCAGGAGGAGUUACAAUUCUCUUUGGUGUAUUGGACCGAGUUCCAGAUGGACCAGUAUUUAUUGCUAUGUGUUUUCUAGUGAGAAUAAUAGAUGCAGUUAGCUUUGCUGCAGCAAUAACUGCAUCUUCCUCUAUCCUGGCAAAGGCUUUUCCAAAUAACGUGGCUACAGUAUUGGGAAGUCUUGAGACUUUUUCUGGACUGGGACUAAUACUAGGUCCUCCUGUAGGUGGCUUUUUGUAUCAAUCCUUUGGCUAUGAAGUGCCCUUUAUUGUUCUGGGAUGCAUAGUUUUGCUGAUGGUACCACUCAAUAUGUAUAUUUUACCCAAUUAUGAGUCUGAUCCAGGUGAACACUCAUUCUGGAAACUGAUUGCCUUACCCAAAAUUGGCCUUAUAGCCUUCGUCAUCAACUCACUCAGUUCGUGUUUUGGCUUCCUUGAUCCUACUCUGUCUCUCUUUGUUUUGGAGAAGUUUAAUUUACCAGCUGGAUAUGUGGGACUAGUAUUCCUGGGUCUGGCAUUGUCCUAUGCCAUCUCUUCACCACUGUUUGGUCUCCUCAGUGAUAAAAUGCCACAUCUAAGGAAAUGGCUUCUAGUGUUUGGAAACUUAAUCACUGCUGGGUGCUACAUGCUCUUAGGGCCUGUCCCGAUCUUGCAUAUUAAAAGUCAGCUCUGGCUGCUGGUGCUGAUAUUAGUUAUAAAUGGCAUCUCUGCUGGAAUGAGUAUAAUUCCAACUUUCCCGGAAAUUCUCAGUUGUGCAUAUGAAAAUGGGUUUGAAGAGGGAUUAAGUACAUUGGGACUCGUAUCAGGUCUUUUUAGUGCAAUGUGGUCAAUUGGUGGUUUUAUAGGACCGACGCUGGGUGGAUUUCUGUACGAGAAAAUUGGUUUUGAAUGGGCAGCGGCUGCACAAGGUCUAUGGGCACUGAUAAGUGGAUUAGCCAUGGGCUUGUUUUAUCUACUGGAGUAUUCAAGGAGAAGAAGGUAUGAUCAAUUUUUGGGCUUUUUUCUCUCUUUAAAAGUUAGCCAGUGCAAGUGGAAAAUAAGUAACAUUUUACAGCCAUAACAAAUCCAGUCAGUGGAUUUCUAGGCACUCUGAGGCUUAUCAGUUGGUAGAUACUUUUUUAAAUUUUUAUUUGUUGAGAUGGUGUCUUGCUCUGUCACCAGACUGGCAUGCGGUGACAUAA